CGGCGGAGUGGCAGUGGUGAAGCCGGCAAGGGCCAGGGAGGCAGAGAUGACAGCAAGGAGCUUCAUGAUGAAUGAUGGUAUUAUUCACAGCAAAUACAAGGGUAUCUAUGAGUGACUGCAAGAAUGGCACAGAGAUGAGAAGCAGCAAAAAACAUGCCGGGAACGUCCUCUUAUAUAUCCUCUUCUGUUCAUCUCUGGGCUACUGAUACGAACCACCUACAUCUUGCGCCAGGUCUGAUGUCUUACAUUUGGAGCUUCUCCAGGGUAGCAAUACUUCUUCAGGUUCCUCGUCUUCAAGCCUCUGACUGGAACUGCCUAUAGGCAGCUGCUGUUAAACGAGAGGCGAGAGAGGCUUAAUGGCGUCUGGGACUUGGCCUUACUAUAGGCGAUUUCUUGACCUCCCCAUCGUUCCUUAAAAUAGGGAAAAAGCAAUAGCUAACUAGUCAGCUAGCAGUAGUGUCUAAGUUAUGGGUCACUUAGCAGAUCUUAGAUUCUCCAGCAAGUGUCUCACUACUGAGUUACCGCUGUCUGAUGCGCUGAGACUGCGUAGUAAUGGUAGAUACAUGUCGUGAUAUACUUAGAAUGCGAGAGGCUGUAGUUAACUACAUGCGUAUCUCCAGUUACCCGCUCGGCUUGCGGGUGCGAGAAUCCACAGCUCCAUCUAGUGAACUAGUUUAGCUAUGACUCAGGUCGAUUAACCAACUCAUACGUACCUAGGAUACCACAGGCUUUUCUCUAGAGUACAGUAUGGGUUGAAGAGAUUCUUUUGCGUUGAAGAAGGAUCCCGGUUAAGAGAAGUGUAAUAUAUGAAUAUUUCUUAAUUAGUUAUAUUGGCCAGCAAAGCUUAAAAACGCUGCGACUUGAGAAGAAGCCAGCCAGCCCGCCAAACUUCUCACCACCACCUUUUCCUGCAGCCAACAGCAGAAGACAGCGACGUCGACAUGGCUAGAGCAUCUCCCUUUGACCUGUCCAAGUGCGCGAGACCUAAUAUCCUUCAGCUGCAGCCAUAUCGAUGUGCAAGAGAGUAGGUCUAUCACCCUCGCUGAGUCCAAUGUAUGUAGUUAGUUGGGUAUCACUGCUAACCGAGUCAGCGACUACAAGGACGACGGCACAAACGUGCUUCUCGAUGCUAAUGAGAAUGCAUACGGCCCCAGCCUCACUCUAGAGACCAUCGAGAAGUCUGCAGGUGCUCAAGAUGGCUCAAGCCCCGGUGAUAUUGAUUUCCUGGGUUUGCACAGAUACCCUGACCCACAUCAAGUAGAGCUGAAGCAGCUAUUCUGCAACCUGCGAAAUACUCGGGUCCAUACGCAAAAGGAGUUGAAGCCAGAGAAUGUCUUUGUUGGCGUGGGCUCAGAUGAGUCAAUCGAUGCCUUAAUCCGAUGCUUCUGCGUGCCUGGAAGGGACAAGAUCUUGACAUGUCCUCCCACAUAUGGCAUGUAUGCUGUCUCUGCUCAGGUCAAUGACGUUGAGGUUGUCAAAGUGCCGCUGGAUGUUGAACACGGAUUCCAGCUUCGUCCAGACGCCAUAAACGAGGCUCUCUCCGCUGACCCAACUAUUAAGAUCGUAUAUAUCUGUUCACCAGGGAAUCCGACUGGGAACCUCAUCAAAAAGGAGGACAUACAAAAGGUGCUGGAGCAUGAAACGUGGAAUGGAGUGGUCAUUGUUGAUGAAGCUUAUAUCGAUUUUGCACCUGAAGGGAGCAGCCUGGCGGAAUGGGUCACCGAGUGGCCGAACCUCGCUGUUAUGCAGACUCUGAGUAAAGCCUUUGGCCUGGCGGGUAUUCGACUAGGAGCCACAUUCACCAGCCCAGACAUUGCACUCUUGCUGAAUAGCAUGAAGGCUCCGUACAGCAUAUCCACACCUACCAAGUCUCUCGCAAUUGCCGGCCUUUCCCCUGAGAACCUUGCUCUGAUGCGCAAGAACAGAGAGAAGCUACUUGCUCAGCGCACGAGGAUACUGGAGGAGCUUCCUAAGAUUCCUGGAGUUGGUCGAUUUCUGGGCGGCACUCACUCCAACUUCCUCUUGGUAGAGAUGCUAGACAAACCAUCGAGGGAUGGUGGGAAGCCUUGCAACAAGAUUGCCCAAUCUGUAUAUCAAACGCUGGCUGAAAAUAAGGGAGUAGUUGUUCGGUUUAGGGGUAAAGAGCACGGCUGUGAAGGCUGUCUGAGGAUUACAGUAGGAACAGAAGCAGAGGUUACGAGAUUCUUAUCAGACCUGAGAAUUGUUUUGGCGGACAUGCUUGGAAACAAAGAAGUUCAAUCUUAAGAUAUUAGCAAGUGAAUAUUUAACUUAAACAAUAUAUAUUACCGUUUGAAUAGCAUUAUUUGAACAUGAACGAAUGCUUCGCCAGCGCCUUGUGAGUACAUAUGCGCCUGACCUGGAUAACCACCCCUAACAGACCUGCUAAAAGAAAAAGGAUCAAAUGACACCUAAUAGAACAUUACCGCUAACAUGAUUGACCAAGCCCAACACCGGUUGAUAACAUUGAAUACAUCUCCAAAUCUCCUAUAUCUAUUGGCUCGUUAGCAAUUCUCCCACUCAUCGUAUCUGUUUUGAAGAUAACUCACAAGACGUAAAGGAGUCCUUAGAGGAGCACGUCCCCCAUGAAGGAACAUCGCAACUGCCUUGCUUGGCGUAGCUUGAAGUUUUCGAUACGCUUCAUGGACAUGUCUUGCCUCGAUAGGGGUUCGUCCUUCUUCUGGGGGAUCAAAGAGUCCAGUCUCCCUUUUCCUCUUCUUCUUCUCCCCGGAUCCAUCCUCUGAGGCUCCAAGUCCCUUUUUGCCACGGUCUUCCUGCUCUUUGACUUUCAAAGCUUCCUCAGUUAACGUCUGGACAAUCUCAAAGGUGAGGAAGCCAAGGAUAUCGACGAUAUCGUCAUUCGGCUUAAAAUCUGUCACAAUACCAAACCCAGCCCAUUCCCUGAAUCUUUUGGCCUUCCUGAAAGUAAAUGAUGCUUGUCGGCAGUCUGACCAGAAGACAUAUUCUUCACGGGUCAUAUUCUUCGUACGUUCAUCCGCGGUGGCGAGACGUUGGAGUGUGGCGUAAUUCUGCUCCUCUUCUUCCUCGUCUUCCUCGUCUUCUCUUUCAGGCACCUGGAUAGAAUAUAAGCUGUUCAGGUCCCAAGGAAGGCCGAUUUUGGCCCUUUUAUUCUUCGGCUUAGCUGCGAUUUCCUGAGGACCGGCAACACCAGCUCCUACGAGGGCAUCGUCCCCAGCUCCAAAGUCGGCGGUAUCAGCACCGCCUUUAUCAUCUGAGUCUUUAACGUUCUUUCGAACAUCCUUCCAGGAAAGGAAGGUCUUCAGUCGAGAAACCUUGGCUUUGUCAUGCCGUAUCAAGAAAAAUAGAUCGUCUGUAGAUAUUGAUCUAACACCUCGUCUGGCAGCUAGCGUGGUGCUCCGUGAGAGCUAGAAGUUUGUCAAUAAAGUAUAACUGCGUCGCAUGCUGGAUGUAAAGCUAGCAUACCAUUUCAAUAACUUGCUGCCGUACUAUUUCCUCAAUAAGUGUAGUAGUUUCCACAGAUGCUUCUGCAGAUUCUCCCGAGACGAACAUCAUCUAUACAUAUUGUUAGUAGGAGUUCAUCCGGUUUGAAAUGCCCAGCCCUGCGUGAAAUGUAAUCCCGAGGCACCACCGUGAAUAUAACAGCAUAUAUCAGCCAAGCAGUGCUCUUACGCAAGGAUGCGGCUCGCGGAGCUUCUUGAAACAUCCCAUGGAUAUAAUAAUUUUUUUAUUGAUAUAUCGGACGUCAUAACUCGCGUG